AUGGCUGGAGUUAGACAAUUAAGAAUAAUAGCAUUAACGGCCUUUGUCCUUGGUUUAAUUUUUACUUUACAUAAAGUUGGAUCCAACGCUGCAUCCUUGGUUCAUGCACAAGCAUCAGACCAACAACCAAACAAACAUAACACCAAAAGUACUACAUAUACCGCCACUAAUGACGAAUCAGUUGCCAAUCUCAUUGAUUCUAAAAAUGAUCCUCAAACUGAUGACAAAAUAAAUCAAAAAAUAUCACAAGAUCAAGAUGAAGCCAUCAAUGGUAAUAAAGACACUAAUAAAGACACCACCAAAGUCAAACCAGAUAAUGGUGAAUAUGAUCCAAUAUCUGAUUUGAUAAAAAUUAGAUCAUUAUCACCAAUGACAAUUUUCAGUAAAUCAUAUUGUCCAUAUUCAAAAAAGAUUAAACAAUUGUUAUUAGAAAAAUAUGAUAUAACACCAGCACCAAAUGUUGUUGAAUUAGAUCGAUAUGAAUAUGGAGCUGAAUUACAAAGUUAUUUGACAGAGAAGAGUGGGAGAAGAACUGUGCCAAACGUAUUGGUUGGUAAAUCAUUUGAAAGUAGGGGUGGUUGUGAUGAAUUUGAAAAACUUCAUAAAGAUAAUGAUUUGAUUAAAUUGUUAGUUGAAUGGGGGUCUGGUCGUUUACAAGUUGCAAAGAAGAAUACCCCAUCAAAUGCCUAA